GUUUGAUGUCGUCCACUGGGAAGUAGGGAACGACUUCACAAACAAAAUAUAGCAAAGGAAAAAAAUAAAAUAAAACCCCUCCAAAAAUAGCACAUUAUUUCCAUCUCAGAGCCAGCAGGCCUUGACCACCUCCACCCUCCGCCGCCGGCCAACCACCCCAAAUAAACACCAAAAACAUCAAACAAAAGCUAAAUCCAACAACCCAUUUGCAUUUAUUGUAACUUUCUUGACGUGGGUCCGUUGGUUGAACCAUUUUGGCCGAGGAAGCAUCUGAUCUGGGAUCAUUUCUUGAUUCUUUAUCUGAAAUCUGAUCUGGGUAUUUUUCUUUUCCGGUUUUGGGGGGAGAUUCAGCUCUCACUGGGUGCGGGUUUUCUAGGGUUUUGAUUUCUUUUUGGUUUUCCCGUGAGUGAUUUGCUUGGGUACUUUCGAGAAUGUGGAGGGACCCUGGUACUCCAGCUGAUUUUUUCUAUCAGGUGCGGCCUGAAUGCGCCAAUGAUGUUCCAAAAACCAAAUUCAAAAUCAAGGCUGGCAGAACUCUUAGUGUGCGAAAGUGGCAGGCUGCAUUUACUCCAGAUGGCUAUCUUGAUAUAGGCAGGACACUUGGUCGAAUACAGCGCGGGGGGAUCCAUCCUUCAAUUCGAGGUGAAGUUUGGGAGUUUCUACUUGGUUGUUAUGAUCCCAAGAGCACAUUUGAUGAACGAGAGCAAAUACGGCAACGUCGAAGGACACAAUAUGCUGUGUUAAAAGAAGAGUGCCGCCUAGUGUUCCCCCUUGUUGGAAGUGGUAGGUUCAUCACAGCUCCCGUGAUUACGGAUAGUGGCGAACCUAUUCAAGAUCCUAUUGUGCUUCUGGAAGCAAGUCCAGAUAAAGGACUGGCUUUACUUCCUGAAGAAAAUGGCACUUCCCACAAUUCAGCGACAGUGAAAGAGGUGGACAAGAAAAUAAUCCAAUGGAAGCUUACACUACAUCAAAUAGGUCUUGAUGUGGCUCGCACUGACAGAACCCUAGUUUUCUACGAGAAGCAGGAAAAUUUGUCAAAACUUUGGGAUAUUCUGGCUGUCUAUGCCUGGUUUGAUACAGAUGUUGGCUACUGUCAAGGAAUGAGCGAUCUUUGCUCCCCAAUGAUAAUUCUCCUUGACGAUGAAGCAGAUGCAUUUUGGUGCUUUGAACGUUUAAUGCGCAGACUGCGAGGAAAUUUCAGAUGCACUGAAAACUCUAUUGGGGUGGAGGCACAACUUAGUAAAUUGGCAUCAAUUACUCAAGUUAUUGAUCCAAAGCUUCAUCAGCAUUUAGAGACACUAGGCGGAGGCGACUAUUUAUUUGCUUUCCGGAUGCUUAUGGUUUUGUUUCGUCGAGAAUUCUCUUUUGGUGAUUCAUUGUACCUUUGGGAGAUGAUGUGGGCUCUGGAAUAUGACCCUGACAUGUUCUCCGUGUAUGAGGAUCCUGAUUCAGUCACUGGAAAAUCUGAGGGAUCUAAAGGAAAAGCCAAGUCAACACGGCAAUGUGGGAAGUACGAGAGAGAAAAUAUGAGAAGUGGAGCGAAAGAUGAUGUGGCCCCACUACCCAUUUCUGUUUUCCUUGUUGCCGGUGUCUUGAAAGAUAGAAGCACGAAGUUACUGACCGAGGCCCGAGGCCUAGAUGAUGUGGUUAAGAUAUUGAACGACAUAACUGGAAACCUGGAUGCCAAAAAAGCUUGCACCGGGGCAAUGAAACUUCACAAGAAGUAUCUAAGAAAGGCGAAGAAGACGUGACGGCAAGCCUGAAGCUUCUUUUCUGAAUAAAGCAAUUGAUGAUUUGGUCUAGUCAUGCUGUUCAAAAAAAAAAAAAUUGGUCUAGUCAAGAAAUAACAUGAUUAUUUCGCAUGGCGGGAAUUGAUUUUUGCAGUAGGAGAUACCUUACGCUCAAAGUCUUGUAAGCCACAGCAACCAGCGAAAACACAGUGCAAUGAUAUGUUGCUUAAGGGUUACCCUUAAUAUGGGGAAGGCGAUAAUGUAAGGCAUGGGGUCAACUAAGGGCCUUCGGACAGCCUGACCCUUUCAAAUUGUAAGAAAAAAUUUGUGUAGAUUGCAUAUUCUAUUCUACUUAUUAUAUUUUUGUGGAAUUGCUGAUAUGAUCCAAUUGAGUUGAAUAAAAAAAUUGUACGUUGAAGGUGAAA